AUGAAGACAAAUCACCUUCUCUACCGCGCAGAUAUCGGCAAGAUAAAGAAGUGCACAUUCGCAAAUCCUCCGAAAGACAAGGUGUUCGGCUACGCAAGGCCUCACGACCCCGAGGAUGCCGGGGAAGUGAUGCAGCAUUGGGAGCUGUCUCAGCCGGAUGCUGCGCUGGAGACUGGCCCAGACUUCAGUGGGCUGACGCGUGCGGAUCAGCAGCAGCCGUUUCGCUUCGCGCACCCCCAGACCCUGGCAAGGGGCAUUGCCACGCACAAGCCGCCGCCGCCGCUGCCAUCGGACGCCAACCCCUGGCACACUUACGGCAGCCCCUCAGCCUACCGCUCCCAAGAGCAGAUCCGUAUCGCAGGGAGGGAGGACCCCAACAUCCAGCAGCUGGUGCAGGGCUCCUUCCAGUGGGACUGGGUGGCAGCCUACACCCACCACACGCCCGUACAUGCCGGCACCUGCGCGGCCGGGAUGACUAAUUCAGCCACCACGCUUACUACCUGUGCCGCAGGGAUUACUAACCGCACCGGGCCGUGCUCCACCAAGGCAGCCGACGGCCAUGCCGCCGCGGCCGCGCGGAUAUUGGCGGGCCAAGUUUCUGCCGGGGGUGAAAACACGCUGAAGAAUUUCAAGCUGAGCCGCUUCAAACGUGUUGCGGCUCGCACCAACACCUUCAGGCAGCAGGCUGUGCCGGCACUGGCGCAGCCGGUGUGCUGA